AUGGACAAGCUCUUCGGCCGCCUAGGCUUCAAGAACAAGGACAAGGCCAAGGCUGGCGACAGUGCAACCACGCCCCGCAGCGGUUCGGGCAGUAGCACCCCCUCGCCCUCCAACCAGGCCGUGGCCUCCUCUGGCAGGUCGACACCUCGCAGCGCCCGCACCGGCUCGGGUGGUGGCAACACCGACAACAACAGUGGCCUUGGUCCCAACGGCAAGCCCCAGUCCGAGUUUGCAAAGUCGGCGUUCGAGGCCGCACGCAUGGGUAACAACAAGGUGCCCACCCGCGCAAUCGACCAGCACACCGACAUGAGGACGCUUACCGACGCCGAAAUCGUGCGCCUGUCCGAGGGUCUGGAAGCUGGGGUUCUUACGCAGUCUCCACUUUCUGGCCCGUUCCACCUGAACACGAUCCGGCAGGAGUUUCUCGCCGGCGAGCCACAGGUCCUCCGCAAAAUCCAGUGGCUCGAGGCCAAUGGAUGGGACCAGGUGUGGCGCGCUCGUCCUGAUGGCGACUGCUUCUACCGCUCCUUCACGAUCGCGUACCUCUUGCGCAUCCUCUACGCGCCCGAUCAAAGUGCUGCUGCUGCCAAGGCAUACCAUGACGUGGACGGUACGAGGAUUAUGAUGGGCUUCGCGGGGUUCCAGAAUGAAUUGAUCGACGAGUUCUUGGCCCCCCUCCUCGAACGCAUCGCCGCGUUCAUCGACCCUCCAGCAGGCGCUGAGCCCACUGCAUUCUCAAUAACACAGGCACUGCAGGAUACCGAAAAGAGCAACUCUAUUGUUGUGGCCCUGCGUCUCAUGACUAGCGCGUACAUCCGCAACCACCGCGACGAUUUUGCAAACUUCCUCUUGUCGCCCACUACAUUCGAGCCCAUUGAGCCCGAGGAGUUCUGUGCUCGCGAAGUCGACCCUUGCGGCAAGGAGGCGGACCAGCCGCAGAUCACUGCUCUGUCUGCCGCGCUCCACGUCCCCCUCCGUGUCGCUUACCUCGACCGUUCCGAGGCUGGUGACGACGUGAUCAACUGGGUGCCAUUUGAGGGUGCCACUGAGGAGAACAGGCCGUUGACGCUGCUGUUCCGACCGGGCCACUACGAUGUUGUGACCAAGGACAACGAAGGUCUCGCCCUCCAGGCCGCCGCCAUCAGCCGCGCUGCCGAGGACGCGGGUAUUGUGUCCCGCUCGCCCGUGAGCGGCCCCUCUGUCCCUCCCGCCGCAGCCCGUGCGCGCUCUUCGACAGCCUCGUCGCAGCAGUCGUCCAAGGGUAAGGGUAAGGCCAAGGCCGUCUCGCCCACAAGCGGGUCGUCACCUACCGUUGCCGCCGCACCUCAGGUCCCCAUCGCCGACUCUACGCUCCACACAAUUGCGGAGCCUACCGCUGGUGCGCCCACGACUGGCACUUUGCCCACCGACAACCAGGUGGCAUCGGCAUCGACGGCGCCGCAGAACGUCGCCGGAGACGAGGGCAAGCCAAGUUGA